GCAAAGCUGACUUUGUCGCACACACCUAAAACUAUACAGUAUUUUCCUCAUCUCGCACUCAUCCUUCUACCAUCAAUACUAUGCAAGCUAUUAAAUGCGUCGUUGUUGGUGACGGUGCUGUAGGUAAAACAUGCCUGCUCAUCUCGUAUACUACAAAUGCCUUUCCAGGCGAAUAUAUUCCUACAGUUUUUGAUAACUACUCUGCCAAUGUAAUGGUUGACGGAAAGCCAAUCAACUUGGGUCUGUGGGAUACAGCUGGUCAAGAGGAUUAUGAUCGACUACGUCCUCUCUCCUAUCCGCAAACUGAUGUGUUCCUUAUCUGUUUCUCGCUUGUGAGCCCACCUUCUUGUGAAAACGUGCGAACAAAGUGGGUUCCAGAGAUUUCUCACCAUGCACCAAACGUACCCGUCAUUCUUGUUGGUACAAAGCUUGAUUUGCGUGAGGAUCGCGACACAAUCGAAAAAUUGCGCGAGAAGCGCAUGGCACCCACGACGUAUCAGCAAGGGUUGCAGAUGGCCAAGGAUAUUGGUGCCGUUAAGUAUCUAGAGUGCUCUGCUCUGACACAAAAAGGCCUUAAGAAUGUGUUUGAUGAAGCAAUCCGUGCUGUUUUGUGCCCUCCUGUAGCACCCAGAAGGAAGAAGGGCUGCUUGAUAUUGUAGAGAUAGUUUUCUGAAUAUCCGAUAUUUUACAUUCACCAGUACUAAUAAAGAAGCGACAGUAUUUUAAGUUUUUACCCUAACAGAAAA